CUACGGGAGGAAAACGAUGAUUUACACAAAGGAUUGCGACACACGCAAGAAGAAAUAGAAAAGUUAUCACAAUAUCAAAAAAUACCCGAAGCGCCUGCAGUAGGAACCACAAGACAGUACAGGGAAUCGUCGAUGGCAAGUUCUACAUACUAUGUCUGUGCUGCUAUAGAUAUAGGUACUACAUAUUCAGGUUAUGCCUUUAGUUCUAAGGAUGAUUAUUCAAGGGAGCCAACUAAUAUAAACACAAGUUACUGGCCUGGAAGUAAACUACAUUCAUUAAAAGCACCUACUGCUAUUUUACUAGAUUCGCAUCAGAAAUUUGUAGCGUUUGGAUAUGAGGCUGAGAAUAUGUACUCCGAAUUAGUUGCUGAAGAGGAGCAUGAAGAUUAUUAUUAUUUUCAUAGCUUUAAGAUGCUUCUCCAUGAGAGGAGAAUUACAAGAGACAUCAAGAUCAAAGAUUUGUGCGGUAAAGAAAUGGAAGCUUUGAAUGUGUUUCAGUGUAUAAUUCAGUUCCUGAAGGAUAAAGUAUUUAAACAUAUAUCAGAUAAAAUAAAAGGCAUUCAGGAGAAUGAUAUUCGCUAUGUCUUAACAGUACCUGCCAUAUGGGAAGACUCUGCGAAGCAAUUUAUGAGAGAAGCUGCCACUAAGGCUGGUAUAAACAGUGGCCAGUUGAGUAUUGCCUUAGAGCCCGAGGCUGCUGCUAUUUACUGCCAACACCUUAAGACUGACAGACAGGAAAAGAAUACAUUUGCGUCUACAGUUAAAGCAGGAAUGAAGUACAUGAUAGUUGACCUUGGAGGUGGCACUGCCGAUAUUACAGUACAUCAGAGAUAUGGAGAUGGUUCACUUAAGGAAGUUGUUCCUGCCAGUGGUGGUCCAUGGGGUGGUAAAUCUAUAGAUGAAGCUUUCCAUAGCUUUCUCAAAAGAAUUUGUGGACCCAAAGUAAUGGAAGAAUUAAGAAAAACUGAACUUGAAGACUUUAUUGACCUAUUUAGAGAAUUUGAAACUAAAAAGAGGUCAAUACGUGUAGAUCAAACUAACAAAGUAGUCGUUACAUUACCUGUUGCUCUAAUUGAUUUAGUUAAAAGCCAUAGAGGUAAAAUGGAGACGGCUUUAGAGCAAUCACCGUAUGGUCAGACAGCUAUCUACAGCAAGCAAAAGUUACAUAUUUCCCCAGAUACAUUUAGAGAUUUAUUCAAAUCUACAACUGAAGCCUUAAUAAAACAUAUAGAAAGAAUGUUUCGUGAUGAAAAGUUAUCAGAUCUAGAAAAUCUUAUUAUGGUGGGAGGAUUUUCUGAAUGUGAGCUUAUACAGCAUAGAAUGAAAGAAAAAUUUGGAAAACAUAAAAAGAUAAUUAUUCCUGCAGAGGCAGGUCUUGUUGUCCUUAAAGGAGCAGUUUUAUAUGGCCACCAACCAAAAGUGAUCAGCUCCAGAAUACUGCGACGUACCUAUGGUAUCCAGAGCUUAUGGGGUCCUCAUAUGCAGCCAGAAUCACAGAAAUCAUAUCUGGUUGAUGUUAAUCGAUGCAAAGAUUUGUUCUUUAAAUAUGCCAAAGUUGGUGAGCAAGUAGUGUUUGGUCAUGAAGUUUCCCAGGUAUUCCAAGUUUUCAAACCAAACGAAAAAACCCUAGAGUGCACUAUCUAUGUAUCAACAGACCCUGACCCACGAUACGUUACCGAUCCAAGCUGUCAGAGACUAGGUAACCUUAUUAUUCCGCUGCCAGAAAUAAGAGCUGGAAAAACUUUAGAGAUAGAAGGGACGAUGGUAUUUGGUGACACUGAACUUUUAUUCCGAGCUAGAGACUUACACACCGGACGAGUUGUUGAGACGCAGUUUGAUUUGUUAUAGAGUGCUGAACUAGAAUAUCAUGUACUAAGGGAUUCAUUGUACUUUGGUAUGCUAACUGUACAA